AUGGAAUUCCCAGUGGAUAUUUUGUCCACUGUGGAUAAUGAAACCCUCGAGCAGUCAGCAAAAGACUACAUGUCAAAACUUCUCUACAGAAAUCCUGACACAACUGAGUUUCUCAGCCUAUCUGACUCACGACAGGUACAUAUUGGGCUCUGCAAUGUGGGAUUUGUUCCUCUCUAUGGAGCAGACAUCAAACAGAAAGUCCUUGCUGUGUUCCCACCUGAGGAUCAUUUCACAGCGGUAGGACUGUACUUGUUAGGCCGGUGGUGGUCAGUUGAGGACAUCCUUAAAACAUCAGACAGCUCACGGAAAGGUCUCCUUGAGGUGAGAACCACUGUGGAGAGGAUUGUCCUGUAUGUUCUCAACCGGAUUGUAUAUAGGGCAAAGGAGCUGGCUACUGACGAGGUGCCGUUUCUCUGUCAUGGCGAAAAUGACAUUGCCAAGGUCCUCUGGAGAGAUGGACAGGCUAUUGGCUUUUACUCAGUCAAACCUGAAGGGAGUUUGUGCAGUACCUUCUUGACUCAACACUAUCAGCUUCCUGUUAUGGAUACCAUAUUCAUCAGGAAGCAUCACCGUGGCAAAGGUUAUGGCCUGCAGAUGCUGGAGGACUUUGUGGACAGUUUUAAGAAGGACAUACUGGGGAUGAAAUAUCCUAUUUCAACAGCAAUGUACAAAGUGUGUGAAAAGUAUCUCAGCACUUACCCAGCAGACAAAGAUUUGCUGUGGGAAGUUGAAGGUGUUGGAGGCCCGUUUCAGCGGACUCACAUAGCCAAUAAGAUUCAGGCAAUGUCACUCAGAGGUAAGACAUAG